UCAUCCAAUCAGCAAACAUUCUAUUUCACAAAUAAAAAACGAACAGGGCAGGAAAAAGGAGAGCAUUAUCGUCUGAAGCAAAGAAGCCUCUGCACCCACUGACGGCAACAGCUCGACAAAGGGCCGACCCCUGUCACAAGUGGAAACGACGCCGCGGUUAACUCACUCAGAUUGUGAGUGGGUGCAGCACCGAGAAAUUUUUGAAGGUUGGGGCUGUUCUCUUCUUCCACUAAGAAGGAGGAAUCACGUAGCUUAGCUGUGAUGGUUGCAAAUCGCUAUCUUCCUCCUUGGUUUAGUGUUGCUCCAAUGAUGGACUGGACAGACCAUCACUAUAGGACUCUUGCACGUCUCAUAUCAAAACAUUCUUGGCUUUACACAGAAAUGCUUGCAGCUGAAACAAUUGUUUAUCAAAAGGGAAAUCUGGACAGGUUCUUGGCAUAUUCUCCAGAUCAACAUCCAAUUGUGCUGCAAAUUGGAGGAAGUAAUUUGGAUAAUUUAGCAAAAGCAACCGAACUUGCUAGUGCUUAUUGCUAUGAUGAGAUCAACUUCAAUUGUGGAUGCCCUAGUCCAAGAGUAGCUGGGCGUGGAUGCUUUGGUGUACGUCUUAUGCUUGACCCAAAGUUUGUUGCUGAGGCUAUUUCAGUAAUGGCUGCCAAUACAAAUGUACCAGUUACUGUCAAGUGUCGAAUCGGCGUGGACAAUCAUGAUUCUUACAAUGAGUUGUGUGAUUUCAUUUACAAGGUUUCUUCUUUAUCACCUGCUAAGCACUUCAUAAUUCACUCAAGGAAAGCACUACUUAAUGGCAUCACCCCUGCUGAAAAUCGGAGUAUUCCUCCAUUGAAAUAUGAAUACUUUUAUGGUCUCUUACGGGACUUUCCUGAUUUAACAUUUACAAUUAAUGGUGGCAUUGCUAGUAUUGAUGAGAUCAAUUCAGCUCGAAUGGCUGGGGCCCAUGGUGUUAUGGUUGGACGAGCAGCAUACAACAACCCUUGGCACCUUUUGGGACACAUUGAUACUGCAGUCUAUGGUGCAUCAAGAAGUAGUCUUACACGUCGACAGGUCCUUGAGAAAUAUCAAGUGUAUGGGGACUCGGUAUUGAUGAAAUAUGGUCUUGGGCCUACUCUGCGGGAUAUAACGAAGCCUUUGCUUGGUUUCUUUCAUUCUGAGCCUGGGAAUGGACUUUGGAAACGCAAAGCAGAUGCUGCCAUCCAAACUUGCUCGACAAUCAAAGCACUUUUGGACGAAACCUUGGCAGUAAUUCCUGAUUCAGUCUUAGACUCGCCUCUUGCUGAAUCGUCAUGCGGCCGUGGAUAUCUUUUUGCUAACAUGGACAGCUUGUUGCCUCCUCCAUACAUAAGAAGAGAAGAGGACGAUACUAUGUUAACCUAGGUUCAUGUAAACUCUACACACCCAAGUCUUGAGCGGCCAUUUCAGUUAAACUCACAUGCACUCAUUGCCAGUUUGAGUAGUGAUUGAUAGAUCUCACUCUUAUGUUAAAACAUGAAUGAAAUUAUAAACCAUAUGUUAUCUACUAUAUGUAGUUGACAUAAAUGGUAAUCUAUUUGAUGUAAAAACUUUUAGCUGAAGCUGGGGCAUUGAAUUUAUAAAUUAUACGGCGUUCU